AUGGGCGCCUUUAAUACGAUCUCGGAGAAACCCCCGUCUGACGGCUCUGGAGUUCCUUAUAGCUCACUUACGGUCGGAGUUCCUCGUGAAGUCUUUCCAAACGAACGCAGGGUUGCUCUCACUCCACAGAAUGCUGCUUUGUUGCGCAAAAAGGGAUUCCGAAAUGUUCUGGUUGAACGCAAUGCCGGCACUGAGGCCCAGUUUCUUGACGAGCAAUAUGCUGCCGCUGGCGCAACUUUGGUCUCCCAGGAAGAACUGUACAAAUCUGCCGAUAUCUUGCUCAAAGUCCGGGCACCAACACUUGGAGAAGAAAUAGAACAUCUAAAGGAAGGAAGCACUAUUAUAUCUUUCUUAUACCCAGCGCAAAACAAACCUGUCGUUGAUGCUUUAGCUGCACGGAAAGUCGACGCAUUUGCGAUGGAUAUGAUACCUAGAAUUUCCCGAGCACAGGUUUUCGACGCACUCAGUUCUAUGGCAAAUAUUGCGGGAUACAAAGCCGUUUUAGAGGCAUCUAAUCAUUUCGGUAGAUUCAUUACAGGACAGGUUACAGCAGCAGGCAUGGACUUCGUGCCAUCUAACACGUUAGACAGAAAAAUCCCCCCUUGCAAAGUUUUGGUCAUAGGUGCCGGAGUAGCUGGAUUAAGCGCCAUUGCAACCGCUAGACGUCUAGGGGCCAUAGUUAGAGGCUUUGACACACGAUCCGCUGCACGGGAGCAGGUUCAAUCACUGGGCGCCGAAUUCAUUGAAGUUGAUAUACAGGAGGAGGGUGGUGGCGGCGGCGGCUACGCAAAGGUCAUGUCCAAGGAAUUUAUUGCAGCUGAAAUGGCUCUUUUUAUGGAACAGUGCAAGGACGUCGACAUUGUAAUCACUACAGCUUUGAUUCCUGGACAGCCGGCUCCCAAGCUGAUCACUCAUGAGAUGAUUGCAGCAAUGAAGCAGGGCUCGGUUAUUGUCGACCUCGCCGCCGAAGCCGGUGGUAACUGUGAAGCAACACGUCCCGGGGAACUUAACGUCCAGUCGGGCGUAACAAUCAUUGGAUACACGGACUUACCUUCAAGACUGCCAACUCAGUCUUCUACGUUGUAUUCCAACAAUAUCACCAAGUUCUUGCUCUCAAUUGGUGGCGACGGGAAAUAUUCGAUUGAUUUGAAGGAUGAAGUUGUUCGAGGAUCCCUCAUCGUGCAAAAUGGCAGUGUUCUCCCCCCUGUUCCACGGACAAUGCCACCCCCAGUUGCCGCUCCACCCGCAAAGGUAGAAGAAACCGUCAAGGCUAUCACACCUUGGCAAAAAGCGUCCCGAGAGGUCGCCCUUGUGACCGCUGGAAUGGGUGGUAUCGUUGGCCUUGGUAAAGCAACGGGCACUUCAUUUAUGGACAGUUUCUUUACUUUCGGUCUUGCUGGUCUUGUGGGAUAUAGAGUGGUAUGGGGUGUAGCACCUGCUUUACACUCCCCUUUGAUGUCUGUAACAAAUGCUAUAUCAGGUUUGGUGGGCGUUGCUGGUAUGUUUGUUAUGGGCGGAGGAUAUCUACCAGGGACUGUUCCUCAAGCUCUUGGAGCACUCGCUGUUCUGCUCGCAAGUGUGAACGUCGCUGGUGGUUUUAUCUUAACUAAACGGAUGCUGGACAUGUUCAAACGGCCGACUGAUCCUCCCGAGUAUUCUUGGUUAUAUGCUAUUCCUGGAGUGGUAUUUACAGGAGGAUUCCUAGCAGCAGCUAGCACUGGUAUGGCAGGCCUCGUUCAAGCCGGCUAUUUGGCCAGCAGUAUUCUUUGCAUUGGCUCUCUUUCUGGAUUGGGAUCGCAGACAACUGCAAGGCAAGGAAAUGCUCUCGGAAUUCUAGGUGUCAGCUCUGGUGUUCUCGCCUCGUUGGCCGCCGUUGGCUUCCCACCUGAAGUCAUUGCACAAUUCGCUGGAGUUGCCACUAUUGGAGGCAUUGUCGGGUCCAUCAUAGGCAGGCGUGUAACUGCGACAGAGUUACCACAGACCGUUGCACUACUUCACUCUAUUGUCGGUCUCUCUGCUGUUUUAACAAGUAUAGGAAGCGUACUUCAAGAUACUGCUCAUUUGUCCACCCUUCAUAUGGUCACCGCGUAUCUUGGGGUAGUUAUUGGAGGCAUCACAUUCACCGGAUCAAUCGUGGCGUUCCUCAAAUUGGCUGCGAAAAUGUCCAGCAAACCCCUUGUUCUCCCUGGAAAACACCUUGUUAACGUCAGCUUGCUUGGUGCCAAUGCAGCCACAAUGGCAGGGUUUUUGACUAUGGCAACCCCCACGCCCUUGGUAGCAGCUUCGUUCCUGGGCGCUAGUACAGUUCUCAGUUUCUUAAAAGGGUACACUACAACAGCAGCUAUUGGAGGAGCGGAUAUGCGUUUUAUGUUGGACAAUCCACUACUGGUCUCCGUCGGUUCCCUUAUUGGUGUUAGUGGUUCAAUUUUGUCUUACAUUAUGUGUAUUGCCAUGAACCGAUCCCUCACGAAUGUCCUCUUUGGAGGAAUAAGUGCGCCUGUAUCUACUGAAGCUCAUAAAAUCGAAGGAACGAUCACCAAAACAACGGUGGAUGAUACAGCCGACGCGUUGGCGAAUGCAGAUAGUGUUAUAUUAGUGGUUGGUUAUGGAAUGGCAGUAGCGAAAGCACAGUAUGCUAUAUCAGAAAUCACCGCUAUGCUGCGAUCAAAGGGCAUCACAGUCCGCUUCGCCAUCCAUCCAGUGGCAGGCCGAAUGCCCGGGCAGUGUAAUGUGCUGCUAGCAGAAGCAUCAGUGCCAUACGAUAUUGUUCUCGAAAUGGACGAGAUAAACGAUGACUUCAAGGACACCGACGUCACUUUGGUCAUUGGGGCCAAUGAUACAGUAAAUCCGAUUGCAUUAGAACCUGGUUCGGCCAUUGCGGGUAUGCCCGUCCUCCAUGCAUGGAAAAGCAAACAAGUCAUCGUGAUGAAGCGAGGACUUGCUAGUGGCUAUGCCGAUGUACCUAAUCCGAUGUUCUAUAUGCCGGGAACCAAGAUGUUAUUUGGAGACGCAAAAGAUACUUGCGAAGCCAUCAAGCGCAGUCUCGAAACUCGCUUUGGGAAGUAA